AUGAAUUCAGAAAGGUCAAUAUCGGAGAACAGAAGCAGCUUUACUGACAAAACCAACUCUGCUAUCACUGCAAGGCAACCACCCCGAAUCCUUGUGGUGGAUGUGACACUUCCAUUUUGGUCAGAAGUUUGUACUAAUCUCUGCGAAGCCCUGGAAAAUUUUUUUGCUUUAGUCUGCAGUUUGGGAGGGCCACCUCGUCUUCCUCUCUUCAGUCUAUAUGUGGCUCAUAACCAACAGGAAUGUCUUCUGCCUUUUGUGCAAAUUAAAGGAAAUUUUUCUAGGCUCCAUUCUUGUGUUGCUGAACUGAGGUCAAUGCCAAAACAGGGUUGUAUACGUGAAAAUACAGGCUCUUUAAAGCAUGCUGUGGAGGAUGGCCUUUUACAGUUUAAACAGUACAUGAGGCAUGUGACAGUGGGAGGAUCACUUAAUAGCUGUUCAGUGGAGAUUACUGUACUCACCAGCCAGCCUGGGAAGCAUGUGGUGAAGCAGCUAGAGUCAGGCCUCAGUGAAACAGAUUUAGUCAGCCUUAGGCGAUUACAAGUACUGCACAUUUCCAGAUGUAACCCAGUGGAAUUGAUGGACAUGGCGUGGAACACAGAGUCAGCCCUAUCUAGCAAAGAAAAUAACCUUGAUGAAUGCUCCAUACUGGGGACAGACAUCGAUCUGCAAACAGUUGAGAAUGACGCAAUCAGCCUGGAUAGUUUCUUCAAGAGUUGGUUACACAAUCAUGGAACGGACAAGGAGCAUCUUCAUUUGCUGUUUCCAGCAGUACGUCUUCCCAGCUCUACAGGAAGAACCUGUCUAAAGUGUGAUGUUCAGGAGAGACUCAUUAGUCCUGCCCUCCUUCCUGGACCAACUAGCUUAACUGAGAAAACCGAGAGUCUCAGGGACUUCCUGAACACAAACAAAGCCACAAACUUAGGACCCCUGCAGCACAAACUUCAAGUUAUAAAGGCUGUGAAAUCUGAUGGUGUUUGUGAAUCUGUAUUCUAUGGGCUCCCACUUAUCAUCAGACCCACAAACUGUUGGAGACUGGACUGGGAUGAAUUGGAGAUAAACCACCAAAACUUUCAUGCGCUCUGUCACAGUUUGAAGAAAAAAGACUUGAUGCUUCUCGCUCGUUCAGAACCUCAGGUUGUGGGACCCAGUUGGUCUGUUCAUGUGAACUCCUAUUACAUCAUAUUGCCUUCCACCUCACUGACACUCCUGGUGAAGCCUGUAGCAGUGCAAGAACUCCUUCUACCUUGUGAUCUUCCUUACAGAUCUGAUGAACCACCAGAAACAGCUCUAAAUAAUAUAGAGGGCAUAUUGGAAGGGCUAGAUGUGGAAUCAACUUUGAACCCACAGUGUCUCAAAAGUAAUCUGUAUAAACAUCUCAGAGGAACUUUGGUCAGAACUCCUUACCGUCAGCAACCAAAGCAAGUACAACGUAAGGAACAAAAUCAUCCUGAACAGCCAUACAGACAGCAACAGAACAGGCCAUACCAAAGUAAAAUAAAAGCGACUGUGGCUCCCCUCCCAUUAGUCUGUCAAUCUACCAAUCAGCCUAAGACUUUCCGGCCUGCAUUGCCUAUGAGCACUUGCUCUUCUAGAACAGCCCCAUUUCCAGAGGAUGAUGAUGAAUUUCUGACAGGCUUCUGA